AGCUGUGAUGUUGCUUGUAAAUUUUAACCUAAACAUUCCACGUUGUUACCCUGGUUCCUAAAAUGGAAAAAUAAAAUAUUUUAGUUGUCAAAAGUAUUUAUUUUACUUUUAAAAAUGGAAAAUUCUAUAAAAGUUUCCAGUGGCAAAAUAACUGAAGGCAAAGCCGAAAUUUUAGUUUCUGAGACAAAUGUUUUUUAUAAUCCAGUACAGGAAUUUAAUCGUGAUCUCAGCAUUGCGGUACUAAGUUUGUUUGCGAAAGAUAAAUAUGAAGAAAAUUUAAAAAAGAAAACAGAAGCAGCUGAAAUAAAUUCUACAGAAGUUGAUACUGGAGAUAUAAAUCCAGGAAUUAAAAUUGAGAAUGGAAUAUCAGUAUUGGAAGCACUAUCAGCAACUGGUUUACGCAGUAUACGUUAUGCUAAAGAAGUGCCGUAUUUGAAACAAAUAAUAGCAAACGAUAUAUCAGCAAAAGCUGCUGAUAGUAUAAAAAAAAAUGUUGCUCACAAUAAAGUAGAGCAUUUGAUAACCGCUAGUCAGCAAGAUGCCACUAUGCUCAUGUAUCAGUCAAGACAAACACGUUUUGAUGCUAUCGAUCUGGAUCCAUAUGGCUGUCCAUCAAUAUUUUUAGACAGCGCAGUCCAGUGUGUGAGCAACGGCGGUUUGUUGCUAAUUACAGCAACGGAUAUGGCUGUACUGGCUGGUAAUUCUCCAGAGACUUGUUACGUUAAAUAUGGAGCUACUUCAUUGAAAUCAAAAGCUUGCCAUGAACUAGCUUUGAGAAUAUUAUUGCAACAUAUUGCGGCACAUGCUGGCCGCUAUGGCCGUUACAUAGAGCCGCUGCUUUCCGUAAGCGUUGACUUUUAUAUCAGAGUAUUUGUACGAGUUUUUACUGGCCAGAAAAAGUGUAAAGACAAUACCAGUAAAUUAGGAAUGGUGUACCAGUGCACCGGUUGCGAGAGUGUUACACUGGGUCCACUUGGUACCAAAGUUAACAAAGCACACAAAAUGCCUCCAGCACCGCCCGUUGAUCAACUGUGCAAGUAUUGCAAGCACAAACAUCAUAUGGGCGGUCCAAUAUGGAUAGGACCCUUACAUGAUAAAUUAUUUGUCUCGAAACUUAUAAAUUAUAUCGAUAAAAUCCCAACUGAGCUAGGGACUAUCAAGAGACUUGAAGGAGUAUUAAAUGUCAUUGAUGAAGAAUUAGAAACUCCACUUUACUAUGUUCUGGACCGAUUAAUGUCUAUUGUGAGAUGCGAUACACCAUCGAUGAUUAAAUUUAGAUCCGCGAUAUUGAAUGCCGGUUACAAAGUAUCACUAUCCCAUGCGCAUAAAUUAUCGAUAAAAACCGACGCGCCGAUGCAAGUGAUAUGGGAUAUUGUGCGUGCUUGGGAAAAGAUUCAUCCGGCAAAACGUGAUAGACUGGACAAAAAUAGUGCAGCCUUGGCAAUCCUAUCCGCAGAAUCAACAACAGCUGACGUUUCGUUUGAUUUACAUCCUUCAGCGAAUCCAAUGUCACGUCAGAAACAUAUGACGAGGUUCCAAUUGAAUCCCACGUCUUACUGGGGACCCGGUACUAAAUCUACCACCAUGAUUAAUUCCAAUGAAACGACUGCCAAGAGAAUUAAAAACCAAAAUAAACGAAGUAAGAAAUUAGGGAGUGCAGAAGCUGACGAUAAUGAAGCCAAUGACGUCAAUGAAAGUAAUGACGAUACUGAUAAUUCAGUAGUUAAAAGAAAUUCUCCUUGCUCACCACCACGUAAGCAAAAAAAAAUAACAGACAAUACAUAGUUUUACUCAGUGUGUAUAUUUUUGAUAUUAAAAGUUAUUUUUAAUCAA